AUGUCUUCGGCAAGGAUAGAGGUGGAGAAGUUUGAUGGUCGUGGAGACUACACACUGUGGAAAGAGAAGCUAGAAGCUCAUCUAGACAUUCUGGGUCUGAGUGCUGCUCUGAAGGAGACAGUCACGCUGAAAGAAAGAACUUUUGAUCCAGACCCGUCGUCAGAUGAAGAUACAGAAGAUAUCAAGUUGGAGGAAGCCUUAGAAGAAAAAAGGAAGAAAGCUAGAAGCACCAUUGUUUUGAGUGUUUCAGAUCAGGUCCUGAGGAAGAUAAAAAAGGAGAAGACUGCAGCUGAUAUGCUCAACGCUCUAGACAAACUCUAUAUAUCUAAAGCCCUCCCAAAUAGGAUCUAUCUGAAACAGAAGCUAUACAGCUUCAAGAUGUCUGAAAAUCUGUCUAUUGAAGGAAACAUCGAUGAGUUUCUUCAUCUUAUAACAGAUUUGGAGAGCACAAGUGUUGUUGUGUCAGAUGAAGAUCAAGCCAUUCUCUUGCUGAUGUCGCUUCCAAGACAGUUUGAUCAACUGAGGGAUACUCUGAAGUAUGGUACAGGACGCAACAUCCUAACUCUUGAUGAGGUUAUUGCAGCCAUAUAUGCAAAGGAGCUGGAGUUUGGGUCAAACAAAAAGAGUUUCAAAGGUCAAGCUGAGGGUCUGUUCGUGAAAGACAAGAACGAGACCAGAGGGAGAAGUGAGCAGAGAGAAAGGGGCUCAAAGGCAAAUCGAUCAAGGUCCAAAUCUAAGAGUAAACGAGGAUGUUGGAUCUGUGGUGAAGAAGGCCACUUCAAAAACACCUGCCCCAACAAGAAUAAAGCUCAUUUCAGAUCAAAAGAUCAAAGCCACAGUAGAGGAGAGUCCUCUAACGGGAAGAGCAAUGUAACUGAAGCAAACAAUGUAACUGAAGCAACCGGUUUGUAUGUGUCAGAAGCUCUAUCUUCUACAGACAUACAUCUUGAAGAUGAGUGGAUCAUGGACACAGGCUGUAGCUAUCAUAUGACGUACAAGAGAGAAUGGUUUGAAGAUCUGGAUGAAGAAGCAGCGGGUUCAGUCAGGAUGGGGAACAAGACCGUGUCCAAGGUCAAAGGCGUUGGAACAAUCAGACUCAAAAACGAAGCUGGUCUAAGCGUUCUGCUCACAAAUGUCAGGUACAUCCCUGAAAUGGAUAGAAAUUUGUUGUCUUUGGGAACCUUUGAGAAAGCUGGUUACAAGUUUGAGUCAGAAGAUGGUGUUUUAAGUAUCAAGGCAGGAAGUCAAACUCUGUUGACUGGAAAGAGAUUUGAUACUCUGUAUUUGCUGAAGUGGAAACCUGUUACAGAGGAAUCUCUUGCUGUAGAGAGGAGACAAGAUGAUACAGUGCUAUGGCAUAGAAGAUUGGGGCACAUGAGCCAGAAGAACAUGAACAUAAUGCUGAGAAAGGGUUUACUAGACAAGAGGAAGGUGUCUGUGUUUGAGACGUGUGAAGACUGCAUAUAUGGGAGAGCUAAACGAGUUGGUUUCAACAUAGCUCAACACGACUCAAAGGAGAAGCUAGAGUAUGUUCAUUCUGAUCUGUGGGGAGCUCCAUCUGUACCAUUGUCUCUUGGUAAUUGUCAAUAUUUCAUAUCAUUUAUUGAUGAUUACUCAAGAAAGGUCUGGGUUUAUUUUCUCAAGACAAAAGAUGAGGCGUUUGAGAAGUUUGUAGAGUGGGUCAGUCUGGUGGAGAAUCAAUGCGAGAAGAAAGUGAAGACGUUGAGGACAGACAAUGGACUCGAGUUCUGCAACAAGAUGUUUGAUGGUUUCUGUGAGUCAAGGGGAAUUCAGAGACAUCACACUUGUGCUUACACUCCUCAGCAAAAUGGAGUUGCAGAGCGCAUGAACAGAACACUCAUGGAGAAAGUAAGAACAAUGUUGAGUGACUCAGGUCUUCCUAAGAAGUUCUGGGCUGAAGCGACUCUUACUGCAUCUGUUCUUAUCAAUAAGACUCCGUGUUCUGCAAUCAACUUCGACAUACCAGACAAGAAGUGGUUUGGAAAACCACCAGGAUACAGCUACUUGAGGAGAUUUGGCUGUGUUGUGUUCAUUCAUAUUGAUGAUGGAAAGUUGAAUCCAAGGGCUAAGAAAGGGGUCUUUAUUGGGUAUCCUCCUGGAGUUAAAGGAUACAAAGUAUGGCUGAUGGAGGAGAGAAAGUAUAUUGAAGCAGAUGGAGAUACUACUUCAGGUGGAGACUUUGGGGUCGUCAGCAACACUCCAACAUCACCAAGCCCAAGUCUGACAUCACCACAAGCACCUGAGAGCAAUGACAGUGCAGAGAUUGAGAUAAAUCAAUCACCUCCAAGCUAUCAUCUGGUCAGAGACAGAGACAGGAGAGUAAUCAAAGCACCAAGGCGUUUUGAUGAUGAAGACUAUUUUGCAGAGGCUCUGUAUACUACUGAAGAUGGGUUUUCUGUUGAGCCAGAUUGUUACACUGAAGCAAAACUGGACUCAAACUGGGAAAUGUGGAAGCUUGCUAUGAAUGACGAAAUGGAAUCACUGGUCAAGAACAACACAUGGACUGUGGUACCAAGACCAGUGAAUCAGAGGGUUAUUGGCUGCAAAUGGAUCUACAAGUAUAAACUUGGAAUUCCUGAAGUAGAAGACCCACGUUUCAAAGCAAGAUUAGUAGCCAAAGGGUAUGCUCAAAGAGAAGGAAUUGAUUAUCACGAGAUCUUUGCUCCAGUGGUGAAACAUGUAUCUAUAAGGAUACUACUUUCGAUUGUUGCACAAGAAGAUCUUGAGCUGGAGCAACUUGAUGUCAAAACCGCUUUUCUGCAUGGAGACUUGAAAGAGAAGAUCUACAUGACACCUCCUGAAGGGUAUGGUCAGAUGUUCAAAGAAAAUGAGGUAUGUCUUCUCAACAAGGCUCUGUAUGGUUUAAAACAGGCCCCAAGGCAGUGGAAUGAGAAGUUUGACAACUACAUGUCUGAGAUUGGUUUUGUAAGAAGCAAUUACGACAGUUGUGCAUAUGUGAAGAGUUUGAGUGAUGGUUCUUUGAUGUAUCUACUCAUCUAUGUUGAUGAUAUGCUUGUGGCUGCAAAGAACAAAGAAGCUAUUCUGCAGUUAAAGAAGGAUCUCAGCUCAAAAUUCGAAAUGAAGGAUCUUGGAGCAGCAAGGAAGAUUCUUGGGAUGGAGAUCACUAGAGACAGAGCUGCUGGUGCUUUGUGGUUGUCUCAAGAGGGUUAUUUGAACAAGAUCCUUGAAACUUACAAGAUGGAAGAAGCAAAAUCUGUAACAACACCACUUGGAGCUCACAUGAGGAUGUGUGCAGCUACUGAAGCUAAGCUGGCUGAAGAUGAAGAAUACAUGAAGUCUAUUCCAUACUCAAAUGCAGUGGGAAGCAUCAUGUAUGCCAUGAUAGGCACAAGGCCUGAUUUGGCGUAUCCUGUGGGGGUCAUAAGCAGAUUUAUGAGCAGUCCUGUCAAAGAUCAUUGGUUAGGAGUGAAAUGGGUGCUGAGGUACAUCAAGGGAAGCCUAAAGACGAGGCUAUGCUACAAGAGAAGAUCUGAGUUCAAGAUAGUGAGUUAUUGUGACUCUGAUUAUGCUGCAGACCCUGAUCGAAGAAGAUCCAUUACUGGCUUAGUGUUUACUCUCGGUGGUAACACAAUCACCUGGAAAUCUGGUCUGCAACGAGUUGUUGCCCUUUCAACAACAGAAUCUGAAUACAUGUCAUUGACUGAAGCGGUUAAAGAAGCAGUGUGGUUGAAGGGUCUUAUGAAGGAGUUUGGUUAUGAUCAGAAAAGUGUGGAGAUCUUCUGCGAUUCACAGAGUGCCAUUGCGCUCUCUAAAAACAAUGUGCAUCAUGAAAGGACGAAGCACAUUGACGUGAAGUAUCACUUCAUCCGAGAUGUCAUUGCAGAUGGUGAUGUUGAGGUGUUAAAGAUAUCAACCGAGAAGAAUCCGGCUGAUAUAUUCACCAAGGUGUUGGCUGUGAGCAAGUUUCAGGCGGCGUUGAACUUGCUACAGGUCAAGCCUGAGUAA